UGGUGCGUUUUCCUUGCGCACGGGUUUGGCCCCUUCUCCCAAAUCAAAGAGCGCUUAGGAAAGGGGGUGGUCCAGCUGGGAUGCAAUAAAUAGGAGGGACCGGCUCCUCAUCUGACUGCAAGACAGGAGAACAGACCAGACCCUUUUAUUCCCGAACUCAAAACCAGAACCAGAAACAUCUGGAAGGGGGAAAAGGAGCGAGAGAGAGAAAGCGAUCUGUUGGAAUUUACUGCUGUUCUCCAGGACUUUUCUUCUAAGAGUCAAGCCUGCUCGUAACUUUAAUUGCACUGGAAUUCGUGGGGGGGUUUUUUGGUUUUGUUUUGUGGAAACUCAUAGUGGAAAUAAAGCCUAUUUAAAGGAUUUURCUGAUUGUCACUGUAGAGACUUUAUUAUUAUUAUUUUUUAAAUAAAUCCUACAAUAUCCACUUGUUGGAUUUCACGGCUGCAUGAUGUGGUUUCCACGCGUUUCUAUUGGUUUAAUCGUCCUUCUGUGCGUCGGCGCAGUCCGCUGCGCCUGGGAGGAGAGCACCGUGGUGCCGGUCAGAUUGGACCAGUCGGAGAGCGCAARCGAACCAUGGCGGACUCUCUCCGCGGAGGAGGAGGAGAAGGAAGCGCAGACCAGGCUGUACCGCUUAGACGUUUUUGGGAAGCAGUUGGUCUUGCAGCUGGAGCCCGAUCAGACUUUCCUGGCGCCGGGGUUCGUCUUCCACGUCGUGGGGAGCCCAGAGUCCGCACCGGUCCAGGAAGCCGAGGGCGCCGCCGAGCCGGGCUGCUUCUUCUCAGGCACUGUAAACGGAGAGAAGCGCUCCGCCGCCGCGCUCAACCUGUGCCACGGACUCACUGGAGGAUUCUACUUCCAGGGGGAGGAGUACUUCAUCCAGCCGCUGAACUCCAGCGAGCUCCUCCCGGGGAGAGAGGAGGAGGGUGCGCACAUGGUCCGCAGGAGAAGCCGCGCGGCUUUGGCUGAGGAAGGCAGCUCCAAGUGUGGGGUCAGCGAGGACGAGGAGAGGGUGCCAAGGAAUCUGGAACAGGAGGCCAGUCACGGAGCCCCUAACGCGGACCAGACAGCCAACCGGAGAACCAGGCGCUUUGUUUCCACCCCACGAUACUUGGAGAUCAUGCUGGUGGCUGACCAGUCCAUGGCCGAGUUCCAUGGCGCGGGGCUCAAACCGUACCUUCUUACCAUCAUGGCAGUGGCGUCCCGCCUGUACCACCAUCCCAGCAUCCACAACUCCAUCAGUCUGGCUGUGGUGAAGCUACUGGUGGUUUACGAAGAGGAGCGAGGCCCUCAGGUGUCGACCAAUGCUGCUAUGACCCUUCGCAACUUCUGUCAGUGGCAGAGGCAGCACAACCCUCCAAGUGACCGCCACCCGGAGCACUACGACACAGCCAUACUCUUCACCAGAAUGGAUCUCUGUGGUGCCCAUUCUUGUGAUACUUUGGGAAUGGCAGAUGUUGGCACGGUGUGUGACCCUGAGAGAAGCUGCUCCAUCAUUGAGGAUGAUGGGCUGCAGGCAGCGUUUACAGUGGCUCAUGAACUGGGCCAUGUCUUCAACAUGCCUCAUGAUGACGCCCAGCUUUGUUCAGGGGUCAAUGGUGCCCACUGGAGCUCCCACAUGAUGGCUUCCACCCUGUCCAAUCUGGACCAGCGGCAGCCAUGGUCUCCCUGCUCUGCCCUCAUGAUCACCAGCUUUCUGGACAAUGGCCACGGUCAGUGCUUGCUGGAUAAGCCAGUCAAGGCUCAGCUGCUCCCUCAGCCUCUGCCAGGAACAGUGUACACCGCUGAUCAUCAGUGUCGCCUCACUUUUGGGGAGGACUCCCAGCACUGCCCAGACUUAAGCACCACGUGUGCAGCUCUGUGGUGCACUGUGACCACAUCCAAUGGUUGGGUGGUGUGCCAGACCAAGAACUUCCCCUGGGCUGAUGGGACAUCUUGUGGGCACGAGAGUUACUGCCUGGCUGGACGAUGUCUCAAUAAGACUCAGGCUGCUGAACAUCAGACUCCGGUUAAUGGUGGCUGGGGCAUGUGGGGUCCCUGGGGUGAUUGUUCUCGAACCUGCGGAGGCGGGGUGCAGUAUUCUUUCCGUUCUUGUGACAAUCCCUUACCGAAGAAUGGUGGGAAGUACUGUGAAGGCAAGAGGAUCCAGUAUCGCUCUUGCAACACUGAAGUCUGCCCAGACACCAAUGGCUUGUCGUUUCGUGAGGAACAGUGUCUGGCUCACAAUGAUAUGUCGGCUCAAGUGUCACUGGGUUCAAGCGACGGUGUUGAGUGGGUGCCCAAGUAUGCUGGAGUUUCACCAAAAGACCGCUGCAAACUGGUGUGUCGGGCUAAGGGGACUGGAUACUUUUUCGUCCUCAAACCUAAGGUGGCUGAUGGAACACCCUGCAGCCCAGAUUCCACCUCAGUUUGCGUCCAAGGACAGUGUGUCAAGGCUGGGUGUGAUCGUAUCAUUGGCUCUAACCGGCGCUUUGAUAAGUGUGGUGUUUGUGGUGGAGACGGAUCUUCCUGCAAGAAAGUGUCAGGCUCUCUGGACCGUUCCAGGCCUGGCUAUCAGGAUGUUGUAACUAUUCCCGCUGGUGCCACCCACCUGGACGUUAAACAGCGCUCUCCAGGCAACGGCCGUCAAGAUAACAGCUAUCUGGCAGUGCGCCGACAGGAUAAGACAUAUCUGUUAAACGGCGAUUAUAAACUAAUGACCAUGGAGACUGAUAUCACCCUCCAAGGGGCAUUGUUGAGAUACAGUGGUUCUUCUGCCAGCCUAGAGCGUCUGCGAAGCUUUGCCCCACUUCCAGAGUCCAUCACCAUCCAGGUGUUGUCUGUAGGCGAAGCCCCAAGACCACGAGUUAAGUACAGCUACUUUGCCCCUAGACCCAACGACGCUGCUUCCGCCUCUAGCAACAAUGGAGGCCGCCGCCCGUCAAUUAAUGCUAUCCGGGAGUUUGGUGGAGCCGAGUGGACCCUAAGGGAAUGGGGACCAUGUUCUCAGACAUGUGGCGGAGGUCUGCAACAAAGAGAAGUUGUAUGCUUGGACCCGCAGGGACGUACAUCAAGAGACUGCCCUGAGGAGCUUCGACCUUUGGUCUCACGGGCCUGCGCCUCCCAGCYGUGUCCCUCCUGGCUUCCAGGCCAAUGGUCAGAAUGCUCCAAGACCUGCGGUCGGGGCUUCCGCAAACGUCCGCUGCGCUGCAUUGGGCAUGAUGGACAGACGUUAACCCUUGACAACUGUGACCCCAAAGACCGUCCRCGGCCCCUGCUGGAAAUGUGCAAUCAGAAGGCCUGCUAAUGACUGCAUCUAUCAUCUUAACUCCUUCUGUUCUGCUACAAAAAGACAGAUGUUCCCUGCAUCACUUUUCCCUUGGACAAUCUGAAGAGGUUGAUGAAUGUUUACAACCAGAGCUACACAUAAGUUCACAACUGUUGUGACUGUGACUACCAAUAUUUACCCAUUCCCUCUCUCCAUCCAAGGGCCGAAUAUUUAACAAACGUGGCAGUGGCAAAGGCUGACCACAUCUUUACUCCUGUCCUGUCAGCAGUGGCACAUCUUACCUUAGUUUAGCAGGAAAGAGCAUGCUGCUACCACGCUCGGUGUGUUAGCAUGAGAGUGUUUGUGUGUCAAAAUAUUUGUAUGCAUUUAUAUAAUGUUUGUCCAAGCUGGGCUGGACAAACCAAUAAGAUGUAGUGUAGGGGAUGCAGAGGGGGUGCUAAUAUUAUGUAUAUAAAGAAGAAUUGCUCAUCUACUUGCUCACCCCAUCAGGUAUGGAAAACAAGAUAGCUCAUAGUGUUUAUGUUCAAACCUAUGUUCACAUUUAUUUAUCAGAAACCUGAAGCACUUCAAUUUUGUCUUUUUUUUUGUUGUUUUUUUUGGCACAUCAUGUUACCCAGUUUCUCAAAAUGCCUCAGAACUGUCUUUUAGCCAUAUCUUGCCUUCAUGUACACAAUGAUGAGGGGAGCUCAAAAGACCAAAGAGGAGAGCGUGAAUGUAUGGGAGUGUGUGUGUGUGCGUGUGUGUGUACGUGUCUGUUUGGAGACUUAAAGAGGGACUUGUCUCCUGCUACUACUUCAUAAGGAAGUCUCUCUUGCCUUCUGCGAAGGCUUUGUGUUUCAUUUGUUCCUUUUUUUUGUAUAGAAUAUACAAACAUUAUUUAUUUUUGUACAGCCUGUUAAAUAUAAUCAUUUGCCUUUUUUUUUAAAUACUAUUUUUUAUUGUAACUAAGAUUACAGAAGGAUGUAGACUAUAUAGAGUAUUUAUACGGUUUUAUAAAUAUAUAUAUUUGGUCCUAGAUUCAUGAAUAAAGCAUCACUUUGACUUGUUCAAGA